UACUGUACAAGGUUUGUUUUCAGGGAAAAUGUCGGCUCCAGUUCCAGUUCUACAAAAAACAUUAGCACACAGGAUACAGAAUGAUCUGAUGCCAGACUCCCUCGCCUUCUCCCCCAGCAACUUCUCCCCGUCAACCAUCAACAAAUUCAAUACACAGGACUGUAUUGGAGUUCCACUUCAAACUUCAUGGACUUUCUGGAUCGAUAAGGCCUCCAAGGGUUCUACAGCUGCCCAAUACCAAGCAAACCUGAAGAAAGUGUACACAGUCUCUACAGUUCAAGGAUUCUGGUCUGUGUACAACCAUAUUCCUGAGAUAUGCGAGCUCCCCCUGAGGUCCUACUACCAUCUAAUGAGAGAGGAACGGCAGCCUCUCUGGGAGGAUCCGGAGAUAUGCAACGGAGGAACCUGGAGGCUUAAAUGCAUGAAAAAGGAUACGGCAAAGGUUUGGAAGGAACUGCUGUUAGCUGCUAUAGGAGAACAGUUUGUAUCCGAUCUAGCAGAUGGUGAUGAUAUUGCAGGGCUAUCCGUCUCACCUAGAGAAAGGGAUGAUCUCAUUCAGAUCUGGAACUAUGAUGCCCAACUGGCUGUGAAUGAUACAGUACUGAAGAAAGUACACUCCCUAGUUCCUGAUGUAACUUUCCUCGCAGAAUUCUUUAAACCUCAUCAAACUCACAGCGCCUACGAGGGUAAGAAGACUGCUGGAUACGAGAACACUGGUCACAAUAUUACAGUUGGUUUAGGAAAAGUUUAACCGCGCUCCUCAUUGUUCCCUUGAACUUCAUCAAUCCUACUCAAUACACAUAUUGGAACAAUUCUAAACAUCAUCUUAAACUGUAGGAUCAAUCCUACACUUAACCUUCAACUAAAGGAUCAAUUCUCCACAUCAUCUAAAAUUGUAGGAUCAUUCCUACAAUUAAUCAAUCCUACACAUCAUAUUUAUAUGGACUCAUUUAAACAUUACACCGGACAAAAUAUUUUCAGCUGAACCUACUUUAAAAGUAUUAUUUUUUAAACCUUCAGAUAUCGGAACUUAUAUUUUUUUCUUCAAACAUUUUAAUUUCUUCGAUCAAAUAUGAAUGUUAUUAAAGGGUGCUUCCAUUGUGCUUAAAUCCACCUCAGCGAUUAAAGAGUUAUUCAAACUUCCCUGGAACAUUUUCACUCUUUCCCCAAAUCUACAAAAUUCAGAUGGAAUAAAAGGGAAAUUUUUUUAUACUCCUUUCUGAUAACUUUUAAACAAAAACUGGUAUUUGAAUUUUUAACUUGUAAUACAUUGUUUUUCCCGUGCCAUAAUGCUAAAAUAUAAUUUUAUCCCUUGACCUUCAACCAAGAAAAGAAACAAUUCGCAUAAACUGUAAACUGUGCUAGUUCUACUUUGUAUAUUUUAUAAAGCACUUGUAUAUUUAUAGAACUGUAUUUAUACUCUUAAUAUUUAUUAUCGGACAUUAAGUUUGGGAACCAGCGUUUUAGAAAAUUGGAUUUUUUUUUUUUCAAUUCUUAUUUUACUCCCAAAUCCACAGGUCAUACAUCAUUAUCAAAAUAUAUAUUUUUAUAUACUCAGCGUGAAUGAUUUAACUAAAGUGAUAUUCUAUGUACAUUGUACAUGCAUACUGGACAGCAUGGUUUGAUGUACAUAUGUACAUGCUAAAAGUACAUAUACUGAAGUAUAUUAUGCAUUUGACGCAACAAUUGACACAAAUGUAGAAAUAAAUACGCAAAAUGGAACAAACAAAAAACUUUUUUGCGCAAUUGUUCAAAAACUAUUUAUGAUAUUUUUGAAUAAAAAUGUUUAACAAUU